AUGGAUUCCCAAGGCACCCAAAUGGUGAAGAAGCGGAAGCGGGGAGAUGAUAACGAGGCUGAGCAAGCUGGAGAGAAAGGCGGCAAUCCUCCUGGCCUUCGUCGAGGCGCUAUCCGUACCCGUACCAUCGAGCUCGACUAUGACCUCUCCGGUUACAAGGCUCACGAGGUUAGGAAGCUUGACAUUUUGGCGACGGUACACGGGGUUGAGCGCCGAGUUGGGGAGAUUUGGAAUGUCAAAAGCUACAGUGAAGCCGAAAAAGUGAAGGUCUCCACGAAACAGCCCCGCCGUUCAACAUUGCCUUCCCAAACAAUGUUGGAUUUGAUGAACGAGUCUGAAAAAGAACAAAUGGAUUGGGAGAAGAGACAUCUGGCGGAGUAUACAGAGCGUUCGCACCUGCAACAUGAGGAAGAGGCUCGUCAGGAGGAGGCUCGUCAGAAGGAGGAGAAGGCUCGCCAGGAGGAGGAGAAGGCUCGCCAGGAAGAGAAGAAGGCUCUUCAAGAGAAGAAGAAAGCUCUUCAAGAGAAGAAAAAUGUUCGUCGGGAGAAGAAGGCCCGCCUGGAAGAGAAGAAGGCCCGUCAGGAGAAGAAGAAGGUCCGUCAGGAGAAGAAGAAGGUCCGCCGGGAGAAGAAAUCUCUUCAAGAAAAAAAGAGGGCUCUUCAAGAAAAGAAGAAGGUUCGCGAGGAGAAGAAGUAG